AUGGCCGACACCAAGCAGCGCCUCGACCGCUGGACCACCCGUCUCGGGGCUCUCCCCAGCUUGGCCCUCCCCACAGACUACCCAAGACCCUCUCCGGCCAAGCUCGUCGAGUCCUACCAGUCAAUGCCCAUCCCAGCCACUCUCAAUACCGUACUCAUGAGGCUCACCCUUGACUUCUCCAUCAUCUUCCCCGCCUCGGCUCUUCCCACGCCCUACCACAUUCUACUCACCACCUUCGCCAUCCUGCUGUUCAGGUACACUCCGGAUCCAUCUCUGGUCAUCUGCACCUCCUCGAGCGACAACGGCAACCCAUUGCUGCUCAAGCUGGAUAUUGCGGCGGAGAUGACAUUCUUUGACGUGUUGCGCCAGGUCAUGGAGCGAGAGCAGGAAGCUCAGGCUGAUGUGGUCCCUAUCAAGGACUUGGUCGACCACAUCAAGCCAGAGGGCCCUCUUUACAGAGUGAGGUUCUUUGACUCUACGCAAGUGGUCACAGAUCCCUCGACGUCCCUCUCCACAGACUUGACGUUAUUCCUCCUCGCGUCUCCCAGCGAUACUCCUACCACUCGAACUGCCGUGCCUCCUCUCGAGCUGAGCCUCACCUACAACUCUUUGCUCUUCACCCAGAGCCGUAUCACCGCCACCCUCGAGUCCCUCCUCCAGCUUCUCUCUUCAGCUGCUUCUCACGAACCUGCCCACCCCAUCGGAUCCCUCCCUCUUCGCACGCAGGAGCAGGGAUCGGCUUUGCCGGACCCUACCGCGGACCUCGACUGGUGUGGUUUCGCUGGUGCCAUUCCCGACAUCUUUGCGGCCAAUGCCAAGGCCAACCCGGACAGAAUCUGCGUGGUCCAGAGCGAGCCGGCGGAAGGUCAGACUAUGAUGGACGGGCCGAGUCGAGGAAGGAGAAUGUACACCUACAAGCAGAUCGACGAAGCGAGUAAUGUUCUUGCCCACUCUUUGCUGAAGAAUGGUCUGGAAAGGGGCGAGGUUGUGAUGGUGUAUGCUGCGAGAAGUGUCGAGAUGGUCGUCUGUGUGAUGGGUAUCUUGAAGGCCGGCGGUGUCUUCUCUGUCGUCGACCCUGCCUACCCUCCGUCCCGUCAAAACGUCUACCUCUCAGUGUCCACACCCAGAGCCUUGCUCGUCAUCUCCAGUGCUGGCAAGCUCGCCCCUCUGGUCUCUGACUAUAUCAACGACAACCUCUCCCUCCGCCUUUUGGUCCCCGCCAUCGAACUUACUCCUUCUGGGAUCAGAGGUUCUCCGGCUGGCUCUGCUGUAGACAUUCUCGCGCCAUUCCAGCAGUACUCUGAGACGCCCGCAGGUGUCGUUCUCGGUCCCGACUCUCCCGCGACCUUGUCCUUCACCUCUGGCUCCACUGGUAUUCCCAAGGGUGUCAAGGGUAGGCACUACAGCUUGACGCACUUCUUCCCUUGGAUGGGCAAGAGGUUUGGCUUGGACCACAACUCCAAGUACACCAUGUUGAGUGGUAUUGCGCACGAUCCUAUCCAGCGUGAUAUGUUCACCCCUCUGUUCUUGGGUGCUCAGUUGCACGUCCCCACUGCCGAUGACAUUGGUACUCCCGGACGAUUGGCCGAGUGGAUGGCCGACAGCGAAGUGACUGUCACCCACUUGACUCCUGCUAUGGGUCAGCUUCUUUCAGCUCAGGCUACUCGCCAAAUCCCCACCCUCCUGAACGCCUUCUUUGUCGGUGACGUUCUCACCAAGCGUGACUGUACCCGUCUCCAAUCCCUCGCCAAGAACGUCCGCAUCAUCAACAUGUACGGUACCACCGAAACUCAGCGUGCGGUGUCCUACUUUGCCAUCCCCAGCGUCAACGACGACAGCACUUUCCUCACCACCCAGAAGGAUCUCAUCCCCGCUGGUCAGGGUAUGAUUGACGUCCAGCUUUUGGUCGUUAACAGAACUGACCGCAAUGUGCCUUGUGCUGUUGGCGAGAUGGGUGAGAUCUACGUCCGAUCUGGUGGACUCGCUGAGGGUUACCUCGACCCCAACGCUACCGCUGAGAAGUUUGUUCCCAACUGGUUCGGUCAAGGAGUUGAGCGAGUCGACACACUCAAGGACAAGAACCCCCAGGCUGCCGAGCACUGGUUCGGUAUUCGAGACAGGAUGUACCGAUCUGGUGACUUGGGUCGAUACCUUCCUGACGGUCGAGUCGAGUGCACUGGCCGAGCCGAUGACCAGAUCAAGAUCCGAGGCUUCCGAAUUGAGCUUGGUGAAAUCGACACCCACCUCAGUCGACACCCUCUUGUCCGAGAGAAUGUCACUUUGGUCAGGCGUGACAAGGAUGAAGAGAAAGUGCUUGUCAGCUACUUUGUCCCCACCGAUGGCGAUCUUGAGGGUUUGAUGAGUGCUAGUGAGGCGGCCGAGGAUGACGAGGCGCUCGACUUGGGCUCUGAGAUGAUCAAGGGUGUCAAGAAGUACAGAAAGUUGAUCAAGGACAUUCGAGAGUACCUCAAGAAGAAGCUUCCCAGCUACAGUAUUCCCGCUGUCUACUUCCCUCUCCGAAAGCUUCCUCUCAACCCCAACGGAAAGAUCGACAAGCCUGCUCUUCCUUUCCCCGACACGAGCCUUUUGACCCCUGCCCCUGCUGCCUCCACAGCCGAUCUCAGUCCCACCCAGAAGACCAUCCACGACAUCUGGCUCAGACUCUUGCCGUCGCCCCCUCCCCAGGUCGCUCUCGACGAAAACUUCUUCGACAUGGGCGGUCACUCCAUCUUGGCUACGCGUUUGAUCUUUGAGAUCCGAAAGACCUUUGUCGUCAAUGCGCCUCUUGGUCUUGUCUUUGACAAGCCUACUAUUGGUGGGCAAGCUGCCGAGAUUGAUUCGUUGAGGAACGCCGACCUUUCCGGUGCAGGUGAAGAGGCCGUGGAGGCUGAGAAGGCCAUUGACUAUGCUGCCGACGUGGAAAUCCUGGGCAAGGAGCUCCCCACCUUUGCUCCUCUUCCUGCCGACUUUGCCUCCAAGGAGAUCACCGUCUUCCUUACUGGUGCCACUGGUUUCCUCGGUGCCUUCAUCUUGCGCGACCUUCUCGGUCGUCGUGUGAAGAAGGUCAUCUGCCUUGUCCGUGCCAAGACUCCUGAACAGGGUCUGCAAAGAUUACGCGACAGUGGUGAGGGGCGUGGUGCUUGGGAUGAGGAGUGGGUAAAGCAAGGCCGAGUCGAGGCUGUUGUUGGUGAUCUUGCCGAGGACAAGUUUGGUCUCGACCAGGCUACCUGGGACCGAGUCGCCGUUGACGCCGAUGCUGUCUUGCACAACGGUGCCAUCGUCCACUGGGUCUACCCUUACCCCAAGCUUCGUGCCGCCAACGUCAUUUCCACCCUCACCUGCCUCCAACUCUGUGCUCAACACCACAGCAAGCAGUUCUCUUUCAUCUCGAGUACCUCGGUGCUCGACUCUGAGGCCUUCGUUGCCAAGGCGGACGAGGCUGUCCAGGCCGUUGGCAAGGGUUUGUCGGAGAGCGAUGAUCUGGAGGAUGGAAGGACCGGAUUGGACACUGGAUACGGACAGAGCAAGUGGGUCGCUGAGAAGAUCAUUAUGGAAGCUGGUAAGAAGGGGUUGUCUGGAUGGAUUUUGAGGCCCGGUUACGUGCUUGGUCACUCCGAGACUGCCGUCACCAACACCGACGACUUUAUCUGGCGAAUGGUCAAGGGUUGUAUCCAAUUGGGUCUCAUCCCCGACAUCAACAACGCCAUCACCUGCUGCCCUGUUGACCACGUCGCUCGCCUCUCAUCACUCUCCGCCCUCUCCUCCUCCGCUUCAUCCGCCUUCAACAUCAUGCACGUCACUGGUCACCCCAAGCUUCGUUUCAACGAUCUCCUUGGGUCUCUCCAGACGUUCGGCUACGACGUCAAGCGGGUCGAGUACGUCCACUGGCGUACCAAGCUCGAGCAACACGUUCUUGAGACGCAAGACAAUGCUCUUUUCCCUCUGUUGCAUUUCGUCCUCGAUGACUUGCCCACGAGCACCAAGUCUGCCGAGCUUGACGACACCAACGCGCAAGAGUUGGCGGCUGCUUCGAGCGAGCCGAGAACGGCGGGUGUGACGGAGAAGGAGCUUGGUCUAUACGUUGCUUGGCUUAUCAGGGCUGGCUUCUUGGACAAGCCUCAGAAGGAGGGCAAGGCGUUGCCGGUGCUGGAGGGUGCUGCCAUGAAGGCUAUCGGGAGAACGACCGCUGGUGUUGCUUAA